GGAUCACUGCCAGUCAGUUUGCAACAUAGAAAGACUUUGGUGACAUUUCACAUUGGAAGCAAGGUCUGAUACCCAGAACUGGAAAGCAGUUAUGGCAACAUCCCAAGAUACUAACAGUGAACAAAUUGUUCCAGAGAACAAUGACCAAGAUGACGUGCUCUCGGUUCAGGCCAGAUAUCUCCGCAGUCCGUCCCCCAGCAGGUUUUCCGUCAUGUCAGACACGGACACAGAGAGCAUCUUCAUGGAGCCCAUCCACCUCUCAUCUGCAGUUGCUGCAUCUCAGAUUAUUAAUGAAGAGCUAAAACAUAAGGAGAUAAAAGUCGAGUCAAUGUCACCAAAGAUGAUGGAGUCAGCUGAGCAACUGCUGGUUGAGGACCUGUAUAACCGGGUUAAAGGAAUGAUCGAUGACACCAGCAGAUUCAACACCCCAUGUAUCAUGGACAUCCAGCGCGAACUCAUGCAAAAGCUGGAGGCUCCCAGGAAUGCCGUAGAUGAGGUGUGGCCAAACAUCUUCAUAUGUGAUACGAGUGUGGCAGUAAAUAAAGGUCGGUUGAAGCGACUGGGAAUUAGUCAUGUCCUCAAUGCUGCCCACAAUACUGGUGUGUACACCAGGCCAGAGUUUUAUGCAGGAAUGGAAAUCCAAUACCUUGGGAUUGAAGCUGAUGACUUCCCUGAUGUCGACCUUUCCAAAUACUUCCGCAAGGGUGCAGAGUUUCUGGACGAAGCUCUUCUGACAUGCAAAGGUAAGGUUUUGGUUUCCAGUGUCAUGGGAGUCAGUCGCUCUGCAGCACUUGUAACAGCCUAUCUUAUGAUCUUCCACGACAUGACUAUCAUGGAGGCGUUAAUGACUCUGCGCAAAAAGCGGCCAAUUUACCCAAAUGAGGGCUUCCUGAAGCAGCUUCGAGAGUUGAAUGAAAAUCUUCUGGACGAACGUGGCAGAUCUGACUCUGAUGAUGAGACACAAAGCCAAUGCUCUGUGAUAGAAGCAAAAGCCCACACCAUCUCUGUGGCUGAAGAGGAAACACAGAGCAUCAUUGGAGCCAAGGUGCAUUCUAUUAUGGUGGAAGAGGAAGACACAGCUAGCAUGAUCACUGGUAGUGUAAUGAGCUCUGUGGCAAAAUCCAGCAUAGCAUCAAAAAGGCCGACAUUAAUUGAUGUGGAUGAAGAGGAACGAAUCUAUGAAGAGUGGAGGGUAAAACAAGGUUUGCCACCAAAAGAACAAAGCAACACACUAGAAGAGAAGAGACCUGAACUCCCUGAAGAUUUUGAAGAAGAGGAUGAUGUUGACUGGCUUGUUAGGGAAUGGCAGCGUAAAAAUGAGAAGUUUCAGUCCUGCUGGCAGCCUGAUCAUCUGAGUGACGAUGAAGAAAAUAGAGGGUCCACAUUUGGAAAGGCAACAGAUGGUGCAAGUGAACGAGAUGAUACAGAAAGUGUUGACAGUCUUUACAUUGAACUUCUUAAGCAGAAUUUAGACAAAAGUUUAAACAAGCCACGUAGAGUUCGAAAUGACUCAGAAUCCACUGACACUAGUACCUGGGACAUGUGGGAUGAACGAUUACUGGAGAUAAGCAAAAGAGCUUCGAAAGGAAAUGAUGACAGUAAUCUGUCCUUUCAUGGAAAUGGUGGAAGGAAGAGAGAUCCAGAUGAGGAAAGUUCUGUAUUCUCAGAUACUAGUUCUUUCUUCAACUUCUGCAAGAAGAACAAAGACAAGCUGACCCCUCUACAAAGGUGGCAAAUCAAACGGAUUCAAUUUGGGUGGAAUAAGAAGGAUUCCAAAGCAACUGAUGGGAACCAACUGGAAGAAAGUGAAGAGAGGGAGGAAGCAGGGAAAAAAUCACUCGACGAUGUUAACCUGACAGCUUAUCAGAGCUGGAAGUUGAAGCAUCAGAAAAAGCUGGGGAAUGAAAACAAAGAUGAGAUCAUUGAUUUAACCAAAGAUGAAGACACGGCUUCAAAGAGAACUAAACAGAGACGAGCUGAGGUCCUGGAACGCUCCAAGCAGACCCUGGCAGAGAGUCAAUCCAUGUGUGGGUUUGAGACAGAGAGCUCGAUGAGUGGAAGCAUUCCAAUGUCUCUCUUCUUACCUAACUUAUCUGCCAGAAGUGUAAGUGAUGAUACAGCUUCUGUAUUGAGCAUGCAGAGUAAUGCCUCUUCAGUGUCUCGAGCUAGAACUGUUUCAGGUCUUGGUCUAGCCACUGGAAUAGCUGCACCUUCUUUGCAAGUAAACAACGAUGACACCAUUUCCAUUGCCAGCAUUCAGAAAUGGAUUGCUUCUGUGGUUAGUGAACAAAUUGCAAUAAAACAAAAUGAGAUAAUGGGUGGGCAAAGUGCUCCUGGACCCACAGAGGAUGAUAAACUGUCACACUUUAGCAUGCAAAGUGGAAACUCCUAUGCUGGUUCCCUGCUGGGUUCAAAAGCAAUACAAAGCACAGAUGUGAAAUCCACAAUGUCAUGCAGAAGUUUGUCCAGCCUGCAAUCCGAAGGCUUGCGUUCAAAAGAGAAAAUUACAAAUACAAGCAAACCUCUCUAUAGCUUGUUCGCAGAUGAAGUUAACCUGAAAGAGUUAGACCAUAAGCAGAAGCAGAUCAAAAGUGAGAUGAAAGAUAAAAUGGACGCAUACAAGAAAGAAAAGUUAGUUUCAGACAACAAACGCAGCACGUUGUUUAAAAAGAAGAACAAAGGUGAAAAUGAAGAUGAUGGUUUGGGUGGAACACCUUCAGGCAGGUCUUCCUAUUCAAGGGCAGAGAAAUAUGACAUUGCAUCUGAUUUUACAGGUGCAUCCACAGGUGCUGGUGCGUCAAAUACAACUAUCAACAUACACAAGUGGCUCAGUGAUGUCAAGGAAGUAUCUGUCGAGAACAAAACAUUAAAGGAAGUUCGGGAUGUGGACAGAGAAAAAAAAUUGAAUGAAGUUUCUUUCUUCAAAAAAUACGACAGUCCUUCAUGUUCUACUUUGUCAAAAGAUUCAGCAUCUUCACAUCUCAGCAGAGAUGUUGAUCUCAGAACAUCAAGUUUCGCUAAUGUGCCAUUGACAGACUCAGAUUAUAUAUCUAGACGGUUUCCCUUAUCCUACAGGGCAAAAGAUGAUGAUACCACAAAUAAAUUGAGACGUUCUACCCCAUCGCCCCACUCUGAAUCGUACACUUUCCAAAGGCCAGAGGUUGAGGAAGCUAGACCAUCUGGAGAAUCAUUUUCUGGGGCCUCUUUGAUGAGAAGCUCCCCUAUCGAAAUGCAGCCCUCAGGCAAAGACCUUGGCUUCCAGUCAUCAGACCAACCAAUGAUUAGUCCUUGUCCCCGGAGAUCACGAUUCUGGAAUUCUGAAACAGAUAUGAAUGACUCUGAUCAUGAUGAUUCACUGGAGAUGAGGGCGAAGAGAACAUUUAAGCAGAGUUUUACGGCUGUAGAGGAAGAGGGGAAUGGAAAGGGCAGCGAGAGUGACCAUGAGAAUCCCGCGGCAAAGAAAGGGUUAAAAUCCACAGUGAAAAGUAGCAGUGUUGAAGAGGAUGAUGAAAUCAUAGCUGCUUGGAGGAGUCGUCAAGAAGAAAUGAGAAUGAAAUUACAUAAAAGGCAUCAAAAAGAAUAAAUGUAAUACUCACUGGCAUAAGAACAACAAUGAAUGAGAUGGUGUGGAAUUAAAAUUGAAUAGGAUUUAAAACAAUUUAAACAAAUUGUUGAUAUGAAAUAACUAUGGGAAUAAAGUAUGUUGUAACAUGAGUUUGCCCGCUUUUGGAUUAAAUACAGUAUAUUGAACAACGUUUAACUAUGGUUCACUGGCAGAGUCUGGCAACAUAUACAGUAUUCAAUCCCCUUCACUGGCAAUGAAAUCUAUCCCUGUCAAAAUAUAUUGCAUGCUUAAAUUGUUAGCUUCCAGUUUACCUUUGCUGUAGAAUGUCUACUUACACAGAUGUUAUUCAUUCUACUUUAAGAUGUGAGAAGGUUUAAGAGUUUUAUUUUCAUUGCCCUUUCAGGAAAUCAAUGAUGUCUAAAUAUAUAGUUGACACAUUCUAAGUUUUUUUUAAUAUGAAUACAGUAAGGCUGGGAUUAAUUGAGAAUAUCUAUUAAUAUCUAAAUAAAAUGUUUGGCUGCUUUUUUUUAGUUGUGUACGUUUUUUUCAGUCUUUUAAAAGGGCAUAAUUUUUAUCAAAAUGGUACAAUGUUUCGGUCCAAUUUUCUCAUGAGACUAAGUAUACGUUAAUAGCUAACAAUCCUUCAACAGUUUAUUUGUAAAUAAAUUGACUUGAAUUUGUCACACAAUUUGUUUGAAGAUCAUUCCCCUUUAAGACAUAACACAUAUAAAUCCAAAACACAAAUUAUCUAUUUACGAUGAUAUCAAUCC